AAUUUUUUUAUCGCAACAAAUUCAAAUAAAUCGUUGUUCCACAGAAUGAAAAGUAUAUAAUUGCGAAUUCUGACAAUCAUAUACUAGUGUUACUCCGGAAAAGAUGUAUUUACUUCCAACAGUUAUUUCAAUAGUUCUCCUAGUUUCAUCAGGAAUUAAUGCACAAGCUGCGAUAGAAUGUCCACUCAAUGAGCAUCCUACGGACUGUGUGAAUGCUUGUCCAACGCCUACUUGUUCUGAUCUGAGUCCACCAUCAUGUAAUUUCUUAGUUUGCAACAAAGGAUGCGAAUGCAACGAGGGAUAUGUGAGAACCAAAAAGCCGAAUGGUCCUUGUAUCCCCAUACCUCAAUGUAAAAAUUGUUUGAGACCCGGAUUUGUAUACAAAGAAUGUGGAUCUUCAUGUUCAUCCACCUGCAGAUAUGCUGCUGGAGGAAUAGCCUGUCCAGCAGUGUGUGAACCAGGAUGUUAUUGUGGAGGAGGCAAAGUUUUGGACGAAAAAACCAAUAAAUGCGUGGACAAAAAGCAAUGCAAAAAGAAUACCAAGUGAACAUAUUCGAAAUAAAAUUUUUGUCAUUUAUUUCAUUUAUUCACAAUAAACUUUGUGCACAAACAUAUUCGAGAAGUAAAAUGCAAAAUUUUCACCUUU